CCCAUUUCUUCCUCUUUCCUUCCCCACAAAAAUGGAUCUUCAUCUGAAGCAAGGAAGGAACAGAGUUUAACAAGAACGCCAUUGACAACAAUGGCUACCAGAAGAAGAAGAAGAAGAAGAAGAAGAAGAAGAAAUAGAAUCAAUGGGUCUUUCCGAAAUUCCAUUCCCAAAAUGAGUGGCUAAGAAUUUCUCCUUAUCUUCAAUGGCAAUUUAGUUCCACAUAAAUCCAAUCCCUAAACACUUCCCUUUCCAAUCCUCUCUCUGUUCAUCUUCCAUGGAUACUUUAACAACAACCUCUGUUUCAACUCUCAGAGUUCCAUCAACUCUAACUUCAUCGCGCGACCUUCUUCACCUCAAGAAUCCCACCGCUCAUCUCCCUCAUCGCUCCCCUUCUCGUACAUCCAACUCAAUCUCAAAACCCCCAAUUUUUGUCUCCACUCCCAAAACCCUAAAUUCCCUCCCCUUUUCCUCCCCCCGCCGCCCCUCUUCUCCCCUCCUCCACCGCCGCCCCGCUGCAGGAUACGCCGCCGCACUCGUCGACGCGUCCCAGACCACCGGGGCGAUUCACUCGGUGGCGAAGGACGUUGGGAGAUUCUCGAAGCUGCUGAGAGGAAAGCGAAUCGGAGGGAUUUUGAACGAUCCGUUGGUUGGGGAGGAGGAGAAAGGGCGAUUGGUGAGGGAAAUUGCAGUGAAGGGAGGGUUUGAGAGGCAGGUGUUGAAGUUGACGAAGAUGCUGAUUGAGAAGAAGAAAUUGGGGAUUUUGACAGAGGUGUUGAGCGAAUUCGAGAGGAUUUAUGACGGGCUUUGCGGAACGGAAGUGGUGAUGGUUUCUUCGAGCAAGAAGAUGGAAGAAGAGGAGUUGUUUGGGAUUGCGAAGAAUGUGCAGAGGCUGAGUGGGGCUGUGAAAGUGAAGGUCAGAAGCUUCGUUCAUGGCGGAUUAAUGGCGUAAAUACAAUUUGUUGGCUAUGAAGUUUGUAAUUCAUAUGAACCAUUGCAAAGAUCUCAGAACUCUGUUGUUGAAACAAAAUUGUUCGAUUAAAGUUAUUAGGUACAUUCAUAGUUCAUAACCUCACAUAAUUCUAACGUGUAAUUUUGAUGAACUCAAUCAAAUAGUGCAAAUUCUCACACCAA